AUGUCGCUUUCUUUGGAGCAACAGGAGUUGAUUGUUUCAGACGUCAUGUGCGAGGAAAGUCUCCUGGAGAUGUUUAACGACGCGGAUGACUUCAAAUCGGAAUACCUUGACCGCAUAACAAUUGUUACGGCAGACUUGACACCAGAAAGUGCAGCUGAAGUCCUUUUCCCAGACGAGCUCCGAGGAGAGCCCGUCCACACAAUUGUCUACGGCAUCGGAGGCUUCAAGACCUAG